AUGAAUAUUCAAGCUCACAUGUCGGGACAGAUAUCUGGGCAGGUUCCAAACCAAGGAACCAUGUCGCAGCAGAAUGGUAACUCUCAAAUGCAGAAUUUAGUUGGUGGUGGUACUGCUUCUGCUGGUGCUGGUUUAGGACCGUCCCGUGUUCCCAUCGACAAUGACAUCUUGAAACUCCGACAAGCCAUGCGAGUCAAGAUUUUCAACAUAUUACAGCAGAAACAACCAUCUCCAGCUGAUGAUGCAUCAAAGGCCAAGUAUAUGGAUGUUGCUAGACGCUUAGAGGAGGGGCUAUUUAAAGUUGCUAACACAAAGGAAGAUUACAUGAACCAGUCAACCCUUGAACCUCGGUUGGCAAGCCUAAUCAAAGGCAGACAGUUGAAUAACUACAAUCAACGACAUGCUAAUUCUUCUUCGGUUGGAACAAUGAUACCCACUCCAGGAUUACAACACAGUGGCGGGAAUCCGAAUUUGAUGGUUACUUCCUCUGUCGAUGCUACGAUGGCCGGAAGUAAUAACAUAACAAAUAACGCAAUGAACACUGGAAACCUGAUUAAUUCUGGUGGCAUGCUCGGAGGUAACAUGUCUAAUGGAUACCAAAGUAACUUUUCUCUUGGUUCUGGAGGGAACAUGUCAUCAAUGGGAUCGCAAAGAAAUACUGGCCAGAUGAUGCCUACCCCUGGAUUUGUCAACAGUAAUACUAAUAACAAUAGCAACAAUGCCCAGUCUUACUUGAGUGUUGAUUCUUCCAACAAUAGUGGUGGAUUUUCUGCUGCGCCCAUGAUGGUAUCUCAGCCUCAGCAGCAACAACAGCAACUGAGGCAGGAUAUUGGUGGUCAAAAUAGUCGUAUGGUGCACAACAAUGGAAGUCAAAUGGGUGUUGGUCUUCGACCUGGAAUGCAACAAAAAAUGUCCAAUGUGUCUAACAGCUCCAUAAAUGGUGGUGUUGGGAUGAAUGCAAAAGGUGUUGAUUCAGGUACAUCGUACGCCAAUAGUAACAGAAAUUCACAGCAGGCUUAUGAUAACCUUCAGCGUUCAGGAAUUCAGGGUGAAGGGUAUGGCACAAACAAUUCUGACCCCUUCGGAUCUGGAAAUUUGUAUGGUGCUGUAACAUCUGUUGGGACGAUGACAAAUACUCAGAAUACGAAUACAGCAAGUUUCCAGUCUAUGUCUAGAACUAGCCCCUCCCUGGUAAGUAAUCAGUGA